CAAGUGGAACUGCUGAGCAACAAACAAGGUGGUGAUUGGCUGGAUUCUUGCUCAUGGAUUGGUGCAAAUCUGACAAGUUCUAUUACUUUCGUUCUACUCUCUAUCUGGAUACCUUUAGGAAAAGAAGCUUGUUAUUAUGCACUAAAUUAAAUAAUUUGUGUUUUUGGAGUAGGAGUUGGAUUUGAAAGCAAGAGAACUUAUCAAGGAUCCAGGAUCUUCCCCAAAGCUCUCUCCAAGUGGGACUCAACUGUACAUUAUGACAGACGCACCAGUGACAUUCAGUCAGGGGGAGUGUAAUGGGGAUACACCCCCUGAAAAUGGUCAACGAAAGAUUACUAAAAUCACAGAAGGAGCCAGUGACGUGGAUGGCACCCCACCAUACUGCAGGGUAGAACCUAGACUUGAUGUACCCACAGAAAGAAAUCAGGAGAAAAGUGAAAAAUUGCAAGAGGACAUAUUGCUCAGCUCGUCCAUGGAUGAGAAGAUUCUAAAAGAAAAACCAGAAGAGAAGCUCUAUGUUGUUCAUAAGGCUCUCACAGAUCUUUCUCUCCAAGAAACAAGUGUUGAUGAAAUGGCAUUGAGAGAAGGGCAUCAGUGGGAGAAGAUUCCUUUGAGCAGCAGCAACCAAGAAAUAAGCAGACAAAAGGAAAGGAUUUCUGAUCAACCUCUAGAGGAAAGAGAAGAUGAGGAGCUGGAGAACACAGCUCUUCAGGCAACUGAAAUUGAAUGGUUAGGAUUUCAGAAAUCUAGCCAGGUUGACGUGUCACAUUCUAAGCAGGAUGAGGAGCAAGCGGUUUGGGAUGAAGAAAUUAAUAACGAUGAUGAUGAUGAUUGCAAAGAUGAUGAAGAUGAAGUUCGCGUGAUAGAAUUUAAGAAAAAAAAUGAAGAGGAUACUCAAUUAAAAGAGGAGGGUGAUGCAAGUGAGGACUCCCCACUGAGCAGCUCCAGUUCCCAACCUGUCACACCUGAUGAGCAGCCGACCUUUGGGAAGAAGGGUGAUUUCUCCAGAAAUGCUUAUUCAAGAUACAAUACGAUAUCCUAUCGGAAAAUCAGGAAGGGGAACACCAAGCAAAGAAUCGAUGAAUUCGAGUCUAUGAUAAACUAACUGGAACUGAGACGUUCUCAUGCCCACUAAAGCAAAAGCUAAUUCGGUUUUCCUGAUGUGUCUCUUUGUUGCCUUAUUUGAGUUGUUGCCUUUAAAGAAGUGGAAGCUGAAUCUCUGUUUCACUGUAGAGUAAUGUGGAAAUAACCCUAGUAAAAAUUCAGUCUGGUAAUCUCAAAUCAAAAAGCUUUAGGCUCGUUCUCGGACAUUUGUUUUUUUAAAACUUCACUAAUAUAGCCUUAUGUGCUAAGCACUAAUCAGCCAGCACCACUGGGAAGUCCAACAUUUAAAAGUUUGGCUUUAAAAGUAGCAAUGCUGGGAAAUGUAGUCAUCAAAGAAAAGAGUACUAUUUGAAAUGAAAUGUGGUUCUUUUUGUGUCUUUCUUCCUGUACCUUGAGGGGGAUAGAAAGUCUGGUAUCAAAUCGCUCUUUAUUUAAAAUGUGAUUUUAUAGACUUUGGCAAUAAACUUUCCAAAAUA